AUGCAGGCUUGUCUGUCUGCAAGAUCAUCAUCGAUGUCGAUGUCGAUGUUCUCAAUCUUUACAAGACGACUGAAAGGAUCACCACAUUCAUUCACAUCUCUUGGCUGGUCAUCAUCAUCAUCAUCCAUAACUCCAUUCAAUAGUCAACGAACAUUCACAACUGAUUCAUCGUCAUCAUCAUCAUCAACUGCAGCAGCCACUGCUAUUGCAUCACAGAUCGACACACCUACGAAGCCAAAGGUGUUGGUCAUAUCAGGUCCAACUGGUAUUGGAAAGUCAGAGAUAGGCAUUAGAAUGGCACAGUUGUUGGGAGGUGAGAUUGUGUCGGCAGACUCGGUACAGGUAUAUAGACGUUUGAACAUUGGAAGUAAUAAGGGCGCGAUGGAUCGUGUACCACAUCACUUGUUCGACAUACUGGACUUUAACGACACGUUCAAUGUAAAGAGCUAUCUAGAGUUGGCUAUCAAUGCCAUCGAUGACAUUAUUGCACGUGGUCGCAUACCCAUCCUGGUCGGUGGUUGCGGCUUCUACAUACACUCGGUGCUCAACGGCAUCAACAAGACACCACUCGAGGGCAACAUUGAAAGAGGUACACUCGAGUCAAUUGAAGCGCGUCUAAGAGCAGAGAACAAUUGGUUCAGAGUUGCAUCAAUUCUCAAGGAGAUCGAUCCAGAGUCAGCUCAAACAAUCAGUCGCAAUGACUAUAGACGCAUGGCAAAGAGCUUCUACGUCUAUGCUCAGACCGGCACCAAGUACUCAGAGUACAAGAAAAUACAUGACAAAUCAUAUGACAGCAACAAGUACGACUUUAGAGCAUUCCACAUUACAGCUAGACGCGAUGCAGUGAUGCACAUGCUCAACUAUCGUUGCGAACUGAUGAUUCAGAAUGGAUUCAUCAAAGAGGUGGUCGAGCUGCUUCUUGAUGGUCUCUCACCUCAAUCACAAGUGUCCAACUCAAUAGGAUAUAGUCAAUGUAUCAAUAUACUUUUGACUCCAAUGGAAAUAACAAUGUUGGAUACGAUCAACUUCUUGAUUGAAUUCCAGGCACAGACAAGGACAUACAGUAGGAGACAAUCAAUAUGGUUUAAGAAGUGCAAGGCUACACGAUGGCUGGAAAUGAGUCCACUUCCACAAGAGUUCUCACAAUUCACUCAAGGAACAACCUUACCCAAGAGAUCAACUCUAGACGUUAUGUUGGAACAGUUCUACAUGGAUGAGAACACUUUCGCCAAUGCAAGGAAUGUGGAGGCAGAGGAAAUGUUGAAGCAUAUGACGAGGGAUCAGAAGAAGAUGUGCAAGGAGACAUUGCACAAGUUCCAAUUGUUCACAUCAGAGAAUUCAUUCUUGCCUCUGCGCAAGGUGAUCAUGGCAGGUCGAUCAUUGCUGCACAAGAAUCGACCAGAGCUGUUUGGCCCAGAGUUGAACCCGCAUCUCAUCUCUGAACAGAAGAGGAAGCAACAAGAGCUGUUGCAUUCCCAACUGUCUGGUGGUGCCGAUGACAGCGGGGAGCAUAUCCGUCAAUGA